AUCCUGAGCUGUGAUGUGAGAGUUUUUGCGUGGAUGGCGUGGUUUGACCAGACUUGUUAGUCUUCGCGGAUUGAGCGUCGAGUGCACAUAUUGCUUCCACCAACUAUAGCCUCAUUCCGUAGCGUUUUCCCACUGGACAAGAAAGAGAAGGAAUUAGAAUCAGAAGAGCUGGGCAGCCGGACAGCGAAAAGGAGUGUAUGAUGUGAGAGACCCCGAUUCCCAACGGCAAGGUCUCCCGGAAUACCUAGUUUAACUAGCAUCGAUAUCCGGGAUGAGAUAUGGAUAUACAGGGAUACGCAAGCUCUUCCAUUCAUUUAGACUCCCGAGAAAAAACCAACUCGUACCUAUACGAAACAACAAACAACGCGAAUCCUACCCACACGCCAGCAUCAACGACAUGGGCCUCCCCUGAAGACCAGACAUCAAAGUUGCCCGUGCGCCACGGCGUGCAAGACAAACGCUGUGCCUUGACAAGCUCAGGCCUUCUUUUAAACUAGCGCUACGACCAGUUACGGUGUUAGUGCAGAGACAAACUCUGUGCCCCUGCAUGCAAAGCCCGGCGAGCUUCCAGAGCAGAGGGACUUGGCACCUCUCUCAUGUGGAGGUUUGCGAGGGAUCGGCAAAGCCGCCAAGAGGGUCGGCCGGGCAAGGGGAAUGUUAGAGUUAACAGAUAAGGUGAUCCAAGGUAACAGAUGAUGUUAUUCGGAUGGUUACUUCCAUGAACCUGUUUCGAGAGGGUCAAAGCAACCAGUCUCUAUUCUGCC